AAUUGGAAGUUUCUGAUCAUUAUCAUUGGCAACGGACAGGCUGUUGUGACUAUGUUCAACUUCCAGCAAUAUAGACAUAUUCAAGCACCAGGCUGGACUCUGGGAUGGACAUGGGCGAAGAAGGAAGUAAUAUGGAACAUGAUGGGAGCUCAAACAACAGAGCAAGGAGAUUGUUCGAAAUUUAAAGGAAACAUUCCCCAUUGUUGCAAGAAGGAUCCAACCGUUGUUGACUUACUGCCCGGAACUCCUUACAACCAGCAGAUUGCAAAUUGCUGCAAGGGAGGAGUGAUCAACUCAUGGGGCCAAGAUACUGCAACUGCUGUUAGCUCAUUCCAAGUCAGUGUUGGUGCUGCCGGAACAACCAAUAAAACAGUUAGAGUUCCUAAGAACUUCACCUUAAAGGCACCUGGGCCUGGUUAUACUUGUGGACCCGCUAAAAUUGUUAAACCCACUAAGUUCGUUACUCAAGAUGGGAGACGAGUAACACAAGCCAUGAUGACUUGGAAUGUCACGUGCACAUACUCACAGUUCCUAGCUCAAAAAACUCCCACAUGCUGCGUCUCUAUCUCAUCCUUCUACAAUGACACAAUUGUACCGUGUCCAACAUGCACUUGUGGCUGCCAGAAGAAUGGCACUCAGCAUGGAAAUUGUGUAGAUCAAGACGAACCGCACUUAGCUUCAGUUGUUUCAGACCAUGGAAAGAAGAAUACUUAUGCUCCUUUGGUUCAGUGCACAAAUCAUAUGUGCCCUAUUAGAAUUCAUUGGCAUGUGAAACUCAACUACAAGGAGUAUUGGCGAGUGAAGGUCACUAUAACUAACUUCAAUUACAAUAUGAAUUAUACACAAUGGAACUUAGUUGUCCAGCAUCCCAACUUUGACAACCUGACUCAGUUAUUCAGCUUCAAUUACAAGUCACUAACACCUUAUGGAGCAAUAAAUGACACUGCCAUGUUAUGGGGUAUGAAAUUCUACAACGAUCUGCUCAUGCAAGCGGGUCCUUUAGGAAAUGUCCAGUCAGAGCUUCUAUUCCGCAAGGAUUUAUCGACUUUUACUUUUGACAAGGGGUGGGCUUUCCCCCGCAGAGUUUAUUUCAAUGGUGAUAACUGUGUCAUGCCGCCUCCUGAUUCAUAUCCAUAUAUGCCAAAUGCUGGUACCCUAUGGAAGGUUUCUUCACUAAAGUUAGUGGUGACGCUGAUGCUCUCUACAGCCUUCUUCUUUGCAUUUAUUUAGAAGCCUCUCGUUUGGAUAAAUGCCAAGUGUCUGUCUCAGUAAGUUAUCUUUGGAUUGAUUCACUCCCACUGCUGAUAGAACUGAUUGGAGUAUUGCCUGAGCAGUGACGCCGACCAUUCUUAUGGAUUCGGGUAAUACUUGUUCGAGGCAAAUAUUAGUUUCAUCUGCAUACUCGUAAGGGCUGGUGGAAUGGCUGCCAUAAUUUUCCUUCAGGAGUUGUAUCCAAUGUGUUUCUACUGUGGUGUAUUCAUUUUUGUUAUGUAGAUUUCUCAAAUUCAUAGUGAUCUCAGAUUUGUAUGAGAAUAAAGACCAUUUACAAACAGAUAGAGUUAAAUUAUUUGAUAUUCUUUAGUGCUCUAUUUUUCUGUACCAUCACCAUGUAACCACUUUCUACAUUGUAAAAAAGAUUAUGUGUUUUUCUAGCGUUUAUAGUACAUUCGAUAAUUCCUGUCCUU